AUGUCUGGGUCACCCGAACCGUUGAACGGCUUCCAAGAGCUGCGUCGACCGGCGGCGUCCACUGUAGUGCAGCGCGAUUACAGAUUUUGGCUAAUUUUCCUUGCGAUAGCGUUCGCGACGGCCUUGACUGCGCUUGAACUCUCCGCCGUAUCCACUGCUCUACCCACAAUAGCUCAUGACCUCAAGGGAACAAGUUUCCUAUGCGUUGGAUCAUCAUAUGCGCUCUCCGCGACCGCAUUCAUCCCCUUGUGCGGAGGAUUGGCCCAAAUAUUUGGACGUAGGAUCGUGGCACUUGGAUCACUGCUCAUAAUGGCAGUUGGCAGCGCUCUAUGUGGUGCGGCCACCAGCAUGAAUUUCCUCAUAGCUGGUCGAACUGUUCAAGGAAUAGGAGGAGGUGCGAUCGCGUCAAUAACCGCCAUCAUCAUAUCUGAUCUGGUGCCAUUGCAAGAUCGUGGCGCGUUCAAUGGGAUCAUUGGAAUCGCAUGGUCACUAGCAAGCGGGAUUGGGCCUAUUGUUGGCGGAGAGCUUGCACAGGCAGGGCAAUGGCGAUGGCUUUUUUAUCUGAACAUUCCCAUUUGCGGCAUCGCCGCUCUUCUCAUGUUUCUCUUCCUGAGAGUCCGAACUCCUCCUGGGACAGUCCGAGAGAAGCUCCGAAGGAUGGACUGGUUCGGAAAUUUGCUUGUCAUAGCAGCAACGACGUCAACGAUCAUCGCCUUGACCUGGAGCGGUAUCAAACAUGCAUGGAGCUCUGCUUCGGUCCUCGUCCCCCUCAUCCUCGGCCUUGUUGGACUCUUGGCAUUCCUGGCGUACGAGUCAGCGAUCCCGAGGGAGCCAGUGGUGCCUUACUCCUUGAUGAACUCGCUUACGGGCUUCAGCGGAUAUGUCCAAACGUUUAUCGCGCCAAUUUUGAUGAUGGGAGUUACCUAUUAUAUGCCAGUUUACUUUCAGGCUUGUAAGGGCGCCAGCCCCGCACAAGGUGGCUUGGAUCUUCUCGCUGCGGCUCUUUCGCUAGCUCUGUGUGGGAUCAUCGCCGGUACGUUCAUGAUCAUCGGAGUCGGACUUCUGACGACACUCAAGGCCGACGAUCCCUUAGGACGAGGAAUUGGAUUCCCUGUCGUCGCUGCUCCAGGGUUCGGCAUAUUGGCCGCGACGACAUACUUCCCUGUGCUCGCUCCAUUAUCAAUCUCUCAAAAUGCGUUGGCCCUUUCGUACUUCAUGUUCCUAAGGAACUUCGCUCAAGUAUGGGGUAUCACCAUCGGCGGGACGGUGCUUCAGAAUCAGCUCCUCAAACAACUCCCUGAGAAUCUCCUGUCGCAAAUUCAAGGCGGGACUGCAUUGGCCUACUCCGCAAUUCCCGAAAUCACUAAGCUUCAGGAUCCCGUGCUGAAGGAGGAAGUACGCGUAGCCUUUGCAGAGAGCCUGAAGGUCAUCUGGCAGGUUAUCCUCGGGAUCGCUGGCAUCGGACUGCUUUCCAGUUUGGUCAUGAAAGCGUUGCCUCUGCAUGCGUCGACCGACAUCGAAUGGGCAUUGGAACAAGACAAGCAGGUUAGCGGUCAGGAUUCGGAGCUGGCCGACCUCGGGAAGGCUUGA